AUUUAUAUAUUUUAGACCGGCCCGCAGAAUUCUGUAUUUGUACAUUGCCAUUUCUUGAAUGGGUUGCCGGCAUUCCAUAACGGGACACCGGAUCACGAUGUAUCACCAGAUUUUGAAAACCCAAAAUUUCGCCUCCAAAGAUUAUUGCAGUCUCUUUGUCGCAGUCCUGCAAUUUCACCAACCCCAAUUUUUGCUUGCAACACAUCCAAUAUGCAUUUUCUCAACGUCAUUGCAGCAUUCGCUACCUUUUCAUCAGCCCAAUACUUACUUGGAUAUAUGACUGAGUAUCCUGAUUGUGAUAGAACAACCAUGCUAUGGGAUGCUGGUCCUGAUUCUAAUGGCACGGCUGGAUGGAGUGUGAGUUUUCUCCAAGAGCAUAUCUGCAAAUUUGUUUCUCGGUUGUACCGGUUCUGAAUAGUAACUCAUGUGGGAUUUCCAUAGUGCAAUCUCGUGUAUGGGGACACAGGUGAAUGCUUUCUAUUUGAAUGGACGGAUCUGUUUCCCCGGUGGAUUGUAAGUAUUUCAAAUGAUGGAGAUGUGGAUUUGGAAAUUAUACUGAUUCUGUUUUUGGUGUCUGGAUACAAAUUGAGAUGUGUGACUGGGUUGUUUUCGAUAGCACGGAGCAUAUGAGGGAGUAAAUAAGGAAUCAAAGAAGGAAUAAAUUCGUCUUCACUUCGCUCUGUGCUCAUACUUGUAAAAAGAAGAACUGUGUCUUUUGCUGUCUAAGGAAGUAUUCCCGUGGAAUUCUAUUGGUCUUCGUAUAAUUUGAAUCAACAAAUCAAUAACCACGCAAACCAACAACCAACACGUCAGCCGAGGGUCGGGGGCGCGACGUCUCGCAAGGGAGGGUUUAAAAAGAAGCCUUAACGCUCGCGCUGUAACGGCCGUUAAUCAAGCGUGUCGGCUGAAAUCUCAAGACGCUCUCUAAUUUUCUGAAUCAUUAACAACUUUCAUAAUUUUCAAAUCGGGGUGGCAACUCCAAUGUACAGCGAUACUCCACUCGCAACCAUCAGCACACCAACAUUUAGAACCGGCAAAGUAAUUCAUCUAUCAGUUUCCUUUGAGUGCUUGUUAUCCUGACAAUUUUGUUAAGACAGAUCCUAUUACUCUCGAAGCAUCUUAUAUGGCUCUAAGUCACAACUCUUUCAUCUGAGGAUUCAACAGUAUCUAUCAACAAGCUCCUCGCAUCCAGGCCGCUGACAAGCAGGAUUUUGUUGGAUACUGCAUUGCCUGGCAUGAUUGUCUCUGGCAGCAUCACCACUAUGAAGAGACCGAGUCCUUUCCUUCUCUUGACAAGGCAGCGGGGAGAAAGGGCUUGAUGGCCGGCGCUGUAGAUCAGCACGGUACGUUAAUAAUCUCUCAAAAAUGACAAUCUCUAGCUCAAGCUGAUGCAUCGCAGCUACUUUCCACGACGGCCCAGAAAAUUUCAAAUCAUACCUCACAACAAAAGAGUCUCGCUUCUCGCACGUGGAACUUCUCGCAAUCAUGGACUCAUUCUCAGAGGCCCUCCACACCCACCUAAAAGAAGAACCGCAAACCAUCGCCGACCUUGCGCAUUACAAUUCCCCUGAAACCCCCAUAGAUAUCAUGGCGCUAGCUGCUCAAGCUGGCAAGAAACAGGUUGACAUGGCUUUUCUGUUCAAUAUCCUCCCGGUAUUCUUCUUGAAUAUGGAAAGUGUUCAGUUUGAGGAUGGGCUGUGGCAUGGUUCGUUUCCGCCGGUUAGUAAGCCCGUCAAGUGGAUCAUGACUAAGGGAGCUCCUAUGUGGCAGCAUCGUCGCUGGAGGUUUGCUAGUUGUACUCCUGAUGGCGAGUUUAAGAGAUUGGCUGUGUAG